AUGAGUGCAUCAGCGGGUUCGUACGGCAACGACAGUUCAGAAGACAGGUCAGUAAGUGGCUCUAAUAUAAGUGUUUACUCUAAUUCAUCAAAUGUUAUGCGCCCUGAGAGUGGCUACCAAUCACCAACAGUAGCAGAUUAUGAAGAAGACAGUGACGUCAGUAAUUAUAGCAUCACGCCCAGCGUCACAACUCCUCUGGAAUUCAAUGCAACAUCGUCUUUUACCACAAAUAGGUUAGCUGCUCCAGAACAAGAGCCGUGGAGUGUUGCAUUGCUUGGAGAUGCAGCUGAUGAUGAGGCAUGUCAUAACGAUAAUGACGCCGAUACAAGGCAGCUCCCAUCUUUGGAGGUUGAUGAUACAUUUUUCGAAGUACAAGAUCAAUACGUUCCUGAUAUAGAUUUCAAUGCCAUUGCUACUGAAUGGCGAAUGUUAGAUUUCCAAGAACAAAAGAAAGAUGAGCAGAAAGAUCAGAAUUCUGAUGGAAAUAAAAAAGAGAAAGUACUGUCACCUUUCCUUAUAAAGGAGAGAAAUCCACUACUGAAAAAAUCAGACUUGUCUUUAGCACAACUUUCUACUCACACUAGUGAUUUGAGCUCCACCACUCAAAGCAAUGCGAAUAAUUCAGAAUUCAGAACUAAUUUAUCCAUGGGUACAAGCCGAGUUUCCUCAAGAACGAGUUCCACCCAAAGUCCCAUCCUCUUACGCUCUUCUCAUGCACAAGUAGAUCCAAUACCAUUUCCAAGUGAUCCUUCUUAUGCAGGAGAAUUGUCUCCAAACACUGUAUUAGAGCUGGACAAAAUUCCGUCACUAAAUAAUUUAAAUAGGGCAUUCAAUGAGUCAAACAGCAGUCAACCUCUCAGACCGUCAUUGUCGUCCUUUAUUCCCAAACAAUCAAAUAGAAGUUUAUUAACUGCCAAACUUGCAUCUCAAAAAGCCUUGUCUAGGACACCAGGGACGGCAUCCUCAGGUACCAGAACGCUUCCGACAAAUGAUCUUACCAGAGAUGUUAUAGAUGAGGAGAGUAAGUCAUCUCUGACCAGCAAUACUCCAAUACCCAUGUCGAUCCCAAGAACCAUUCCCAUUUCAUUCCCCAAUUCAAGAAGUCCCUCAUUUAAGUCUUCCUCUCUAACUGAUAUUACUCAUGCUGCCAGAUCAGUCGGUAACUUCAAUACAUUUAACAUGAAUAGAGGCACUGAUAUUACUACAGAUGAAAUCAAGGAAAUAAUUGAGAAAUUACCAGCUGAUUUCUUACUCCUACCUUAUUCACAAAGAAAGAAGAAAAUAUUGCAAGUAAUACCCCAUGAAAGAUCAGAAGAUUAUAAGCUAAUCAUGUUUUUGGUCAAAAAGUGUAUUUUAAGAGAGUUACGUACCAAUAUUUCAUCACUAAACAACAGUUACAAUAACAGUACUUCACCAGUACAGAUGAGACCACGUCAUACCAGGCAUGGUUCCAUUGCUUCGCAAUACCUCAGUUCAUUCUCAUCAAGUCAUACUAUAAAAUCACUUUCUGGUGACAGUAACAUAGUAUCAACAAGGCCCGACGAGAAAGGUAGUGAAAUUUUCAAUCAUACCUUGGGAAAAGUUAUUGGCUAUGGAGCAUGGGGCUUGAUAAGGGAAUGUUCAGAUAAUUCUACAGGAACAACACGUGCUGUAAAGAUAAUAAGGUUCAAAAACACAUCUCAAAGUGAGGAUAAUGACGAUUAUAGGACGAUUGAGAAAAGGAAAAGCCGCGUCAUGAGGGAAAUUUUAAAUUGGAAGAAAGUUUCACAUCAUGAGAAUAUAUUACCGUUAAUAAAUUUCAAGUUUGAUGACAUUUUUGGAGGUAUUUGUUUAACCAACAGGAUCGAAGGUGGCAAUUUAUUUGACCUUGUGAGAUCGUGGGGUCGAAUUGAAGAGUCAUCAAUUUCACAAAUUGAACGUUGUAAAACCGCCGGUUAUCUAACUUUACAAGUAAAUAAAGGUCUGGAAUUUAUCCACUCAUCAAAUGUAGUUCAUGGAGAUAUAAAACUAGAAAACUGUCUUAUCGAAAAGAAAGAUGAUUCUAAAUUAAAAGUACUAAUAUGUGAUUUUGGAAUGAGUUACGACAUGGAAAACCCAGAUAGAGAUAGAGAAGUGAACAUCGGUUCAUUACCUUAUGCAUCACCAGAAUUGAUAACAGAAAAUAAACUUACAUUCAAAGCCGAUAUCUGGGCAUUUGCUGUUAUGCUCUACGUAAUGUUAGUUGGCCAAUUUCCCUUUAGGAACGAUUCAGAGAAGAUGUUGAAGGAUCGAAUUACCCAUAACUCUUUCGAUAAAGACUCUUUAAGCUAUGUUAGCAAAUGUGGUUAUAAUAAUUUGUACAAAGUUGUCACAAAUUGUUUCAAAAUUGAUCCUGAAGAGAGAUUACAUCUAACUGACAUUAAAAAGCUUUUGCAAAAAAGAUCCGUCGAAUAA